AUGAGAGCGAGAGGGAGUGCCAUUCUGCUCUCACCUGCAACAAAGGCAUAAACAUCCAGGAUUUCGAAGGCUAUUUCAAGGCGGGCGGAAGACAUGGCGAUUCUUGAGGUGGUCUUGGCGGCCCUCUUCUUGGCUCGUCAUGCCGCGGCCGAGUGUCCCCCGGGCCAGCUGGAGUGCGCCCACAGCAGCCAGUGCGUGUUCACCCACUACCUCUGCGACGGAGGGGAUGACUGUCCUGAUGGCUCCGACGAGAGCGAGGACUUGUGUCAGGCUUGGUGGGAAGGAGACAACAUGUGCGGUAAAGGCUACGUUACGUGCAAGAACUGGGAUGGAACCGCGUGUUAUAAUAUCCCCUAUUAUUGCGAUCAACCCCACCCACCUUGUGAGAGUGACCUGGACAUGCGCAUUUGUGAGGUUAUAAAGAGUGGGAAGCUACAACCUUUGUCUGAUAACACUGGAGAGAUAAGCCAGGUCAAUUUUGAGGUCGUGGAGGCGCUGUCUGACCUGUUCUUCAGUCAGGUCAAUGCUACCUUCAGCCACCCAGCCUGUCCCGUUCCUUAUACCCUUUUAGCGGGGCGGUGCAUCUCCAUAUUUUUCCCAGCCAAGGUCGACUGGGGAGCAGCUCGAGCCUUUUGCAACGUCGUGGGGGGAGACCUGUUGACGCUGCAACACCACGAGGAUUUCCAUACGCUUGUUACCCACCUGCAGGAAACCAACAUGGUAUCCGACUUUUGGCUUGGAGGAUUCUUGCGCAACGAGACGGUGGGCUGGACCUGGCUCGACGAAACCCCCGUGGAGUUGGGCACCCCCUUCUGGGCCCUCAGACACACGGAGGAGUGCCAGAAGAGAAACAUGACCAUCAACGGUAACAUCACUCUCCACGUCAACGAAGGCCAGUGCUACCACUACACGCAGGCGCCCCGGAGUCCGCCCUUGGGUUACUGCCUCGCCCUCACCUACGGCAACUACUUCUACAUGAGCGACGAGCUUUGUCUGGAGAAGAGGAGUCCCUUGUGCGUCGCUGCGGCCUAGGAAGGGAAGGCACGUCAGGAGCGGCGUGUGUCGAUGUUUUCGUUCUUCAGAGGCUGUUUGGUGGUGGGUGUUGGUCGUGCCUUCCCCUGGGCCUUCCCUCGAGGAACGCGCGAGUAGUAUAGAGAUAUGGUAAUAGAUAUUAUUAUAUUAGCUAUAUGAUUACCAACAUAGGUACCAUAAAUGUGUGUGUGUGGGUAAUAGGUAUGGUUGACCGACCGUAUACAUGCACACAAACAUAUGCACACAAGCACAAACAC